CUGCUGUCGACCACAUCGAUGGCCAGCUCUUCAGACCUGGACCGACAGAUAGAACAGCUGCGGAGGUGUGAGAUAAUCAAGGAGUCGGAGGUGAAGAGUCUUUGUGCCAAAGCCCGAGAGAUUCUGGUCGAGGAGUCCAACGUUCAGAGAGUGGACGCACCCGUCACUGUGUGCGGUGAUAUCCACGGCCAGUUCUACGACCUGAAGGAGUUGUUCAAAGUGGGCGGUGAUGUCCCGGACACUAACUACCUGUUUAUGGGAGACUUUGUCGACCGGGGCUUCUAUUCUGUCGAAACAUUUCUACUA